GGCACCUCUGUAUCCAGGUCGUCGCCUUUAGCGCCGACAUUUGAGCGGAUGGCAACCUGGGACCUCAAGGCCUCUCGAGGAUUGCUCCAGACAUACAAGGACAAGGACAUGGACUUUGGUCUAGAUUCGCAGAGACUGGCCGAUCUUGUCGGGGGUGAUAAGGAUUGGGCUGAAGGGAUCAUUGAUGCCUUUCGAAGCCACACCGGAAUUAUCAAUGCUCUCGCAUUUAUAUGUGGGGCAUGUCUUGUGAGUUCUGGACCCGCACUAGAAAAGGCUGGGGUGAUCUUUGACGCAUUGGAUUUCGAUGGUACCGAGCAGAUUUCGAUGGAUGAAAUGACGAUUUCGUUGUUGUGUUGCGCGCGGGGUGUCUGUAUCAUGGCUGGGGUGGGUACUAUUCCCUCGGACGAAGAGCUGGAGACGGUCACGUUGCAAGCAUAUCGUGAGCUGAACAAGACUUCUUCUCAGAGUAUCACCAAGUCCGAAUUCACAAAAUGGAUAUUGGAAUUUGCGAGCGGGACAGAAGCGCAUUUAACGCGAGAAGUAACACUUCAAAAUGCACUCGAACAAUUUCGGGUCCUUCCGCCGACCGAUAUCUCUGCACCUCCACAGCCUGUUGACGAUACGCAGGAUGGUCUGCUCCGUGAUGAGCUGACCCCAGCAAACGAGCUACCCGUAGAUAUACAACAAGGAGUUGAUGUUACCCCUGAGAAGAACGACACUGAUCAACUUCAUACUCAUAUUGAUGAAGACGCUGAACUCGUCAGACCAGUUGAGUUGGCCUUUAUCUCCCCUGACGAACAAGUUCCAAGCGGUAUUGAAGUGCCUUUGGACGAGCAUGAGACAAAAUCUGAAGAAACUGAGCAACAAAACCUUACACAGAUCGACAACAACGAUGAAGGCGAAGUUAAUGCGCUAGAGCUACAAAGUGAUGACACUGGUCUUACUAUAGAAUGUGAAGAGCAGCCGAUUACGCGUAAGCAUUUUGAGUCGGGAGAUAGUGCUGAUGUACCUCCAGUCGCUGGAAGUGACUAUCCUACAUUCGUUGCAGACGCAGAUGAGCAACACGACAGCACGUCAGCCGAGGAACUACCCAGUAAACUACCGAAAGUAGCAGAAAAUGAGUCAUCGGCAAGCGAUUUGGGCGACCUCCAGGAUAAUGCAAGCAGCACCAUCGACCCCGAGACGCAAAAUAUUGGACCCGUUGAUGCAUCCCAAGAGUUGCUAGCAGAGAUACCAUCCCCAGAACCUACAGCCACUAAGCUCGAGAACGAUGAACUUGUGUACGAACACGAAAGCACGUCUGUCGAAGAACUACCCACUGAAUUACCGGGAGUAGCAGAAAAGGAGUCUUCGGCAAGUGAUUUGAGCGUCCCUCAAGAUAAUGCAAGCAGCAGCAUCGACCCCGAGACGCAACAGACUGAACCAGCUGAUGCAUCCCAAGAAUUGCAAGCAGAGCCUACAGCCAGUGAACGCGAGAACGAUGAUCUUGUGUACGAACAGGAUGCCUUUGAGCAGAGCGGAGACGAUGAGGAUAAAGACGAUCAACACGCAGAGUACAGAGAGCAAACAAUAGAUACUCCGAUCGAACUCGCAGUCGCAGCCGAGAUGCCUGUAGUAACGCCUAUCGAGAGGGAACCUGAAGUGAGUACAACCCAAGAUGCUGUCGAUAACGAGCCUAAUGAUGGAGCUCAAGAAGGAUCCGAGAUUUGA